AUGCCACCUGAAAUACCAUAUCCCCUUCUAACGCCUGUUGUUAAGUUUUCAUAUAGAGUCUCGCCUGUUAGCCAAAAACCCUGGCGAGGAACUGAAAGGAUGAAAUUUCCUGCGAGGAAACUUAUUCCCCUGAUUGUCUUCAUCCUUUCAAGCUAUUCCAUCCUCAGACUUCUUAAAAUAGGAAUCACUGCUUCAUCUUCUCCUCGUCCACUCCGUGCUUUGCCUUCACCCUUGCAACAUUUUUGCUCCUCUCCUUCUGCUUGCAGUAAGAUUCAAUCCACUGCACCAGGCCCCUCACCAACUUCAGUUCAGAGUUCUGCUAAUGUGGGUGUUCUCACAGAAAAGGAAUUCCAGGUUAUUCUGAAUCUCGUCAUUCUUAAAGCUCCUUGCAAUCUACUUAUUUUCGGGCUUGAGCCCCGUUACCUUUCCUUCUCAUUAAUUAAUGGAAGGGGGACCACUAUCUUUCUGGAGGAUGACCCUAAUAAGAUAAGGGCAAUCAAAUUAGGUUCCAACAGCACAAGAAUUUAUAAGGUGGACUACAAGAUGCCAUCAAAAAAGGCUUACAAGCUGCUCGAGCAAACAAGGCAAAAUCCAGCUUGUACACCUAACUCAGGUAUGCUUCAACAGUCAACAUGUCAAUUGGCACUCACAAACUUACCACAAGAAGUGUAUGAGAUUAACUGGGAUAUCAUGGUGGUGGAUGGACCAAGUGGAGACUCCCUAGAGGCACCAGGUAGGAUGGCAACCAUCUAUACUGCUAGUAUGAUAGCAAGGGCUGGGAAUACAACAGAUGUUGUGGUUCAUGAUGUUCAACGAACUAUUGAGAAGUGGUUUUCAUGGGAAUUCUUGUGUGAGGAAAACUUGGUUUCUUCUAAAGGACAUUUAUGGCAUUUCAGGCUCAGGGGUCAAUCAAAUUCUAAAAGGUUUUGCCAUCUUGGUACACGUCUGAAAGAGUAA